AUGAAGAUGGAGGCCCCUAGGAUAAGGACCUUGGAGCCAGGCCUACUGGAGAAGAUAGUGAAGAACCUUGUACCUGCCCACCAGAAGGGUGAUCCCUUCUAUGUACCCGCCUUCCUGUACACUUAUAGAAAGUUCACAACAACAAGGCAAGUGCUGGACCUGCUGUUUAAAAGAUAUGGAUUUUUCCACCCAAACUGUGAAGAGGAUGAUCAAGUAAAGAACACCAUUUGUUCCCUCUUUGCAAUGUGGCUGGACAAGUACCCCGCGGAUUUCUGCCAGUCCAAGGACCUGGCCAACCUGAAUAAGCUCAUGGCCUACGUGCUGCUCCACAUGCCAUGCUCAGACCUGGCAGUCCAUAUACAACAUCUUCAAACCCAGCUGGUAGAAGUGGAGGCCAAUGAAGCAAGUACAAAGUGUGAGGAAUCCUUGGGUUUGGGGUUGCACAAAGGAGCUGCUCCUGAGCUCAAGGCAAUGGACCCACCCGUGACAUCAUUAGCACCUCUGGUACUGGAAUCAACAUUGCCUUCUCUAGCUAGAGACCUGGGGCCUUUGCAGAAAUUUGUGCCACAUGUGAAGGUUGAACACUUUGAGUCUGCAGUAGAACAAUCAGAACAUCUCCUGUGUCCUGUGGACCUCCAGCCUGUUGUAGCCACUGCACUGGUCACAUAUCAACCUCCAGGUAUCAAGGCAGAAGAGGUAGCACUUCUUUCAUUGUCUGCAGAUAUCCACCUCGAUCUGCCCACAUCAUGUCAAAUCAACCUACCUCACCUUGUAGAGGAGAAGCUAGCUUACUGUGGGUCUGCUCAAACUGUCCCCAGUCCAAGUCUUCUGGAAGAGUAGCUAGCUGCAUCUGGGCACUGAAAUGGUUCCCAAUCCAAUCAGAAAGAACACCAUUUUGAUGUAGAGGUAGAGCAACUUUUCUACUCUCCACUAGAAUGACUUCCUGAAGUCCACCUAACAAAGACUGUAAGACCACCACCGUCAUUCCCCUCCCCGGGGGGU